UCAAUCGGCGCACCGCGUCGGUCUCUAAGGAGCGUUGCUGCGUUCAGGGGCGCUCACAUGCGCUUCAGACAACAUGAAGCCACCGGGACUCACUGAGACUUAACAUUGCUUCCACAUAAAAUAGGUUCGUCUGCCAUGUGACGGGCACAGGCGGCUUGCAGAAGAUGAGCGUCACCGCCGAGGAGAAACAGACAGGAGUUCGCAAGAGGCAGCUGGUCACGGCCAGCUCUUGACGGCAACUCCCGCUGACCUGAGACGACGAGAACCGCCUCCUCGUCGCUCCUUCAUGCCGCUAAAGAGCACCGAGGCUGCGCACUGAAUCCAAACACAGAGCUGAUAUCUUCCACACCAGCCGCGUGGGACCUGGGACUAGACAAUGGCGAGUCUGGGUGACUGCUGCGUGAAGGUUGCUCUGAGGAUACGUCCUCAGAUGGCCAAAGAGAAGAUUGAGCGCUGCCACGUGUGCACGUUGGUCACACCGGGAGAGCCGCAAGUCCUCCUGGGAAAAGACAAGGCCUUCACCUACGACUUUGUUUUCGACAUCGACUCAGAACAGCAGAGCAUCUACCAAGCAUGUGUGCACAAGCUCAUAGAGGGCUGCUUUGAGGGCUACAACGCCACCGUGUUUGCUUAUGGCCAGACGGGUUCUGGAAAGACCUACACCAUGGGGACGGGUUUUGAUGUGAGCCUAACCGUGCCGGAGCAGGGCAUCAUCCCACGAGCUGUUCACCACCUCUUCGAAGGGAUCCAGAGCAGGAAGGAGCAAGCCAAAGAAGCUGGCACCCAGCCUCCUGAAUUUAAAGUCAGCGCCCAGUUUCUUGAGCUUUACAAUGAAGAGAUCCUGGACUUGUUCGAUGGUGCAAGAGAUCCAGAGAGUCGAAGCAGGAAGUCCAACAUAAAAAUCCACGAGGACGCUAGUGGCAGCAUCUACACCACUGGUGUCACUUCCAGACUUGUGCAGUCAAAGGAGGAGCUGCUGCAGUGUCUGAAGCUGGGCGCGCUGUCCCGCACCACUGCCAGCACGCAGAUGAACGCUCAAAGCUCACGCUCGCACGCCAUCUUCACUAUUCACCUCUGUCAGAUGAGAGUCUGCCAACAGCAGCUGCAAAUGACGAAUGGAGACGAGAAGACUGAGGAAUUAAAUGGUGUUGAUUCCAGCGCCAUCAAGCAGCCCGAGUAUGAAGCACUUAUGGCCAAGUUCCACUUUGUGGAUCUGGCUGGUUCUGAGAGGCUCAAACGCACCGGAGCCACUGGAGAGCGAGCCCGCGAGGGCAUCUCCAUUAACUGUGGACUGCUGGCCCUGGGAAAUGUCAUCAGUGCUUUGGGAGAUCAGUCCAAGAAAGGGGGGCAUGUUCCCUACAGAGACUCCAAACUCACUCGGCUGCUACAGGACUCACUCGGAGGCAACAGUCGCACUGUGAUGAUCGCCUGUGUCAGUCCUUCUGAUCGUGACUUCAUGGAGACCUUGAACACCCUCAAGUAUGCAAACCGGGCCCGGAACAUCAAGAACAAGGUGGUGGUGAACCAAGACAAGACCAGCCAACAGAUCAGCGCACUGCGAGCUGAGAUAGCCCGUCUCCAGAUGGAGUUGAUGGACUAUAAGGCGGGGAAGCGCGUGGCCUGCGAGGACGGUUCGGAGGGUUACAGCGACCUGCACCAGGAAAACACAAUGCUCCAAAGAGAGAACGAUACACUGCGCCUCAGGGUGAAGGCAAUGCAAGAGACCAUUGACCACCUCAACACCCGAGUCACGCAUCUGCUGGCCAAUGAGGUCAGCGUGCUGAUCUCUAAGUCAAGUGAGGGAAACCAGGAGAUUGGUACUCUUAUUCAGAACUACAUCCGGGAAGUUGAAGAACUCAGAUCCAAGUUGCUGGAGAGCGAGGCCAUGAAUGAAUCAUUGCGACGUCAAGCUGCUCGGUUCACCUCUCGGACACCCUUCACUUCUUCCUGUCUUAGCCCCGCCCCUGGGCACCCCCCUGGCUCCUCUCCUCUGGUCAUGUCCAUGGAGGCCGAAAUGACAGACGUGUUGCGCAGAGCCAAGCUGGACAUCGAGAGGCUAAAGAAGAAGGAGAGGAGACAGAGGCGGAUGAGUCCUGAGCUGGAGAAAGGUUUGAAAAAACGUGUUAAAUUACACAACCCAGAGAUUGGGGACAUUGGGCAUAAUGGACAGAACGGACUGAAUGGCGAGAUCGAUUCAGACGACAAUAACACCGAGGACAUCAUGUCUCCAUUGCAGGAGGAGAGCGGUUGCGAUGAGGAGGAAGACGAGGAGGAAGGAAGGGAAGAUGAUGACGAAUUUGACAGCGAUGAGAGCUUGGUGGACUCAGACUCAGAUUGUGAUGAGAAAGUCAACUUCCAGGCCGACCUUGCCGAUCUGACCUGCGAGAUCGAGAUCAAGCAGAAAUUGAUAGAUGAGCUGGAGAACAGCCAACGGAGGUUGCUGAUGCUGAAGCUCCAGUAUGAGGAGAAGCUCAUUCUGCUGCAGAACAAGAUCCGAGACACCCAGCUAGAGAGGGACCGUGUGCUUCAGAACCUCAUGUCUAUGGAGAACUAUACUGAGGAGAAGGCAAACCGAAUUAAGCAGGAGUACGAGAAACGUCUCAAGGAGAUGAACCGGGACCUUUUGAAGCUUCAAGCUGCACAGAAAGAACAUGCGCGCCUCCUUAAGAACCAGAGCAGGUACGAACGGGAGCUGAAGAAACUCCAAGCGGAGGUCAAUGAGAUGAAGAAAGCCAAGGUGGCGGUGAUGAAGCAGAUGAAGGAGGAGCAGCAGAGGAGGAGGCUGGUGGAGGCCAAGAGAAACCGUGAGAUUGCCCAGCUCAAAAAGGAGCAGCGAAGACAAGAGUUUCAAAUUCGAGCAUUGGAGUCCCAGAAGCGGCAGCAGGAGCUGGUUCUGCGCAGGAAAACUCAGGAGGUGACGGCCCUACGCAGAUUGGCAAAGCCCAUGUCAGACCGUGUCGCUGGACGUGUGGCACGCUGGAACCAACCCCCUGCGGUUUCUGACUCUGGGGCAGAGUUGUCUGCCAGUACCACAGCGAGCAGCUCUGAACCUGAGAGCGGGAAGACUGUGAGUGGAUUAGUGCGGCAGUGGAACAACAAAAACAAUGGGUACGGGUACUUGGGAGAGAGUGAGGGGAGCAUGGAUGGGACGCGGGUCGUUGGGAGCAGAAAGAAGCUGCAGCGUAAGCCAGCGGAUGCCGGCACUACUGCACUGACGGGCCGGGCCGUAACUUUCUCCAAGUCGGCCCGGCAGAAGUGGCAAACUCUGGAGCGUCGUGUUACGGACAUCGUCAUGCAGAGAAUGACCAUCGCCAAUGUAGAAGCUGACAUGGAUCGACUCAUCAAGAAACGGGAGGAGCUGACAGCCCAACAGGAGGCUCUUUCACACAAGAGAGAGGUACUAAUGGCGGAAGGGGAGGGCCCAGAAGCCGAGGACCGACUCCUUUUGGAGAUUGGGGACGAUAUCGAGGUUUUGAACGCAAACAUCGACUACAUAAAUGACAGUCUGUCGGACUGCCAGGCCACUAUUGUACAGAUAGAGGAGACAAAGGAUGAACUGGACUCUGUGGACACUUCAGUGGUGAUCAGCUCAUGUUCUCUGGCUGAAGCGCGCCACCUGCUGGACCAUUUUCUCAAAGCCUCGAUUGACAAGAGCUUACAGGUGGCACAGAAGGAGGCUCAGAUCAGACUGCUGGAGGGUCAGCUGAGACAGACCGAUGUGAUUGGUUCAUCCCAAAAUCACAUGAUACUUGACGCUCUCCGGGAAAAGGCAGAAUACAUCCCUGAACUGCAGGCUCUCAUCCACAAUGCACAGCAGGAGAAUGGUUAUGCUAGCACAGAUGAGGAGCCAUCUGAGUUCAGUCAGGCCUCGGACAACAGUGUCUCUCUCAUGAAAGAAUCUAACAGUCAAGAUGACUUCAAAAUAAAGGCGGAAUCUCGUCUGUCAGCUCAGAUGAAGGCGGUGUCGGCCGAGUAUCUGGGUCCCACCCUGGAGCAUCCGUCUGGAUGCAAGCAGCAGCAAAUUACUAAGUCUCUGGCCUCGCUCACCGACAUCCAGGAGGACAGUCUGAGCAUGGUCAAGGCGACCCUGGGCCUUAGUCUCGGCCUCUCUCUGCGUGACCCGUACCAUAGGGAACGAGCGUCACGUACCAUCAGCUUGCCUGUCAGGGGACACACCUUUCCCAGGCAGUCGCGUGGCUACGACACUUCUCCCAUCACCAGAAGAAAAUCUUAUGACCGUUCGUACAGGCCCACUGAUGGCUACACCCCCCCUUCUUCUCCUCCUCUGAGGACCAGGAAUGACCGCAAUGUGUUUUCGAGGCUCACCAGCAACCAAAGUCAAGGUUCUGCUCUAGACAAGUCUGAUGACAGCGACUCCUCGCUCUCCGAGGUGCUCAGGGGCGUGAUUAAUCCAAUUGGCGGUGUGAAGGGGGGUCGGACAGCACCCCUACAGUGUAUGUCUGUAGCCGAGGGUCACUCGAAGCCCGUUCUGUGUGUGGACGCCACGGAUGAGCUUCUGUUCACUGGAUCCAAAGAUCGCACCUGUAAGAUGUGGAACCUGGUGACGGGUCAGGAGAUUCUCACGCUCAAAGGCCACCCCAACAAUGUAGUUUCAGUCAAAUACUGUCCCUCCUCGGGUCUGGUCUUCUCUGUCUCUACAUCCUACAUUAAGGUGUGGGACAUACGUGAUUCAGCCAAGUGCGUCCGCACACUCACUUCAUCAGGACAAGUCGUGUCUGGUGAUGCGUGCGCCGGCGCCACCACCCGCACAAUAACAUUUGCACAUGGCGAAUGUCAGAUCAACCAGAUUGCACUCAACCCAUCAGGAUCUGUGUUGUAUGCCGCUACUGGAAACACUGUUCGCAUCUGGGAUCUCAACAGGAUGCAAGCUAUGGGCAAGCUGACAGGCCACAUUGGCUCUGUCAUGUGUCUCACGGUGGGACAGUCUCUACUAGGCAAAGACCAGGUCAUCACUGGCUCUAAAGACCAUUACGUGAAGGUGUUUGAUGUGGCAGAGGGGACGUUGGGUAACGUUGGCCCAGCCCAUAACUUUGAGCCACCGCAUUACGACGGCAUCGAGUGUUUGGCAGUGCAGGGAGAUGUACUGUUCAGUGGAUCGAGAGACAACGGCAUCAAAAAAUGGGAUUUGGAGCAGCAGGAGCUCACUCAGCAAAUCCCCAUCGCCCACAAGGACUGGGUGUGCGCCCUGGCCUACGUCCCGGCAAGGCCGUUGCUGCUCAGCGGCUGUCGGGGCGGCAUGCUGAAGGUGUGGAAUGUCGACAACUUCACUCCCAUAGGAGAAGUCAAAGGGCACGACAGCCCCAUUAAUGCCAUAUGUACCAACUCUAGGCAGAUUUUCACUGCGUCCAGUGACAAGACGGUGAAGCUGUGGAUGUCAAAAGUGUGGAGGAAGAGGUGACAAUCCAAGUGAUGGAGGCUGACCAUAUUUUCGUGCGGGUCCAGUUGUGAUCUGUGACCUCACUUCCAUGCCCGAGGCAAUUCUGCUUUUAUUUUGUCACAGUGAAAAAUGGAACAUUGCCUUGAAAGGCAUAAUAAACAAUAAUUGUUCCUUUCAUUUUUUUUUUAAGUGCCAUUUGCUGUGAUGCUACUCGGACAAGGCAAAUGCAUCUUGCAGACACAUCUGGCAGGACCAUUUCUGUCAUCAAAACAAAAUGAAGAAGCGUGCCCUGCUGUUUUCCCUAUUUUUUUUAGGGGGGUGAACAGCAGAAUACUUACAGAACAUUUGUGUAAACACCUUCAAUAUCUCCUCCAAGGAUUUCUGGUUUUUCUUUUUAUCGCUGAUUGGACAAUCAUAUUUCAUGACAGCCAUCAUCAUUUUUAUCCAGCUGUUAUGCAACAAGGGAUCUCAUGAUUGUGCCCCACAUUUUUUCUGUGGUAAUCAACAAGUACUCUUUAAUGUUCAGUUUCCCUACCUCAUUUUGUUUUGGACUGAGCAUUCCACGUGGGUGAGAACAUCUUUAUGAGUCUCUUUGCACAAAAAUCUGGUGCUGGAUUCUUCUGGCGCUUUAUGUCUGUAAAUGCGUCCUCUGUUGGCUCAGCCUGUCUCGCUGCUGACUUUGCAAACAGGAAAAUACACAUCCAGUAGCACCAGCGAGGUGAUACUGCCCCUGGAGGAGCACACCAGACUUCAUUAUUUUGUGCAAAAAGUCCUGACGACAGCAGAAAUACAAAGCACCCCCUGCAGACUACAGUUCUUUCAUUAAGGGCAAGCUCGGUCCCAUCCCAUAAAGUAUGUGGCCCCCAACAUGCCUUUUUUCUCUCCUUCUAUGUAACUGAAGUACCCAACACUCCUUCUUAGUCCAUUUACAUUACAGAGAAUAUCCUGUAAUUGCCAUGGGUCCAGUCAUGCCAAAUAAGUCGACAUACAGUAACAGUCUUUACCAUUUAGAAAGCAAAUUCAACUGGACUGAGAUGAUUUGGGCUUGCUCCCGAGUAGAUUAAGAAGUAGACUACAGUGGAACCUCCUACGUCAAACUCAAGAUGCAGUAAAAUGUAAAACCAAACAUUUAUCACAACUUCUGGCACUUGAAGUUUAAUGAUGAAGUGUCUCAUUUUUCUUCAUUCUUACUAUUACAUAAGUAAUAAAACCACUACUACAAACGUUUCAUUUAUUGUUUGGAAUUCACCAUAUUAAAUAUUAUCACUGACUGGAAACUCAGUUUAUGCUCAACUGUGUGUUGACCGUCUGUUGCCAAAACUAACAGAUUGAGACCGAACAAGCACCACGCUCCCGUACACUGCAUUGGGAUAAUUGUAGCAAAAAAAGCCCUCAAAGCCAAAGAAAAAGCAAAAUAUAACUUCCUUUAACACCUUCUGAGCCAAGGGUCUCGCUAAUUUCUCAUGUGAUGUCAUACAAGAAACAGUACUGAACUUUUGCCACUGGCCAACAAGUGCGCUGGGAGCGCCGCCCCACUGAUUAGCUGAGUCACGACCUUGUAAAAGCAAAAACAUUUAAUCAAAAUGACUAUAUGUUGUUUUAGCUGAGCAGGAUGAAUUCUAUACCGUUAACAAAGAGGAGAAAGAAUUUGUUUCCUGCUGACAAUUUCACCGUUUCACUCACACCAGAAAACUCCGUCAGCCGCUACUGGAUUUUAUUUCCCCCCCCCACACAUUUUGGUCUUCUGUAUUCCAAAUAAGGCCCUUCUGUUUGAAAGGUUCCACUGUAUUUGAUGCUGGUAAUCCACAGGGAGCAUGACCAAUUCAUCAUAUUUCACUUGCUGCAUGUGCAAACUCUACAGAAAUGUAACGCUGUCCAAAUCGUUUGUUGGAUGGCUCUACGUGUUUCAUGAUGUGAUGUGUUUACUUGAAAAACCAAGAGGCUAACGGAGGGUAUAUAACUAUCCAUCACACCACGAUAGCAGAGGUAUAAAUCUGUUUGUCCCAAGUUGUGGAGCUUCUCUCCUGUACUUAUGUAUUCCUGCAGUCGUUACACUGAAGGCUUCACCCAUUUUCCCAGCUACUGAAAGUCUGUGAAGCCAAUUUAGUUACUGCUCUCACAUUUCGCCUGGCUCCUCUGUAGGAGAGACUUACUGGGGGAAAGCAGGUCACCACUGUGAGGGAUUUGGAAAUCUCCUUCCACACAACUUUUGCUGCUCCAUUCAACGAUGGGAACACAUUUCUCGUAUUGAAGCAGAUGGGCACGAUUGCUUAUAUGUCCACUGGCUUUUCUCGUUUUUUUUUGGUUCAUCCUAUAGGUCUGAUAGUCUUUGUUGCGUGGAUCUUCCGAAAAUAUUUCCACCCCCACCUCUCUCCCUUCAUCCAAAUCCCCAUAAUUUUGGCAUGAAGCUUUUUCGUCAAGCAAUCAGAACAAGCCCCCCCCCCCGAAGACCCACCCCCCCUUGCCCUGCACAUGACAAGUCCUUUAAAAUGAUGCAAGGAUGUAGAAAAUGUGGUGCUUGGGUUACACUGAAUUUCUGCAGUACACGCUGCGUACACACUCCAAAAGCAAUGACGUUUUUGUGUUCUGAAUGCAAAUACGUGAACAGACGGGACUGACCGGGGUGGUCUUGGUUUUUGCCAUGAUGAGAAACUCAGGUACAUGUUGGAGGAUCAUUUCACUUGGGAUUGAACUCAUCACUUGACAUUUAGAGUUUUCAAAUGCCUUGUUUGUGAAAAAGGGUACUAUAAGUGUAUCACCCUAUUCAUAUUAUGUCUACAUUUAUUUUUUAUUUAUACUUUUCUGUAAAUAUAUUUCCUGUUUUGAAAAAAUGCAAGUUGAGGCUUUCAAAAUCUGGCCAAAGUUUGUAAAUUAGAGGGUUUGGGAGGAAAAUGUAUUAAUGUUUAAAAAAAACAAAAGAAAAGUAAAAGUAGUUGCUCACUUUUAUUUCAACUCAAGGGCAUGCCGCUGCACCCUUUACUGUAUUUUAGCCUCUGCCAAUUAGACAAACAAAGUCCGUUUGCCACCUUUUCUGUUUCUAGGUCAUAACUGGUGAGGAUAGGAUCUCACUUAUACAUGUAAUGUUCAUGAUGCUGACUGAAUGAUUUCACAUCUGAGGAGAUUGCACUUCAUCCCAUUUAGAGUUAUCAGCCUCAGUGCAUAACACCUGCAUCAAUUUUCUAUCCAAUUUGCCAAAGGAUCACACUGUUUAUUGAAAUUUCCCAGCUUUGAAAGUUAAUGGUAUUCCUUCCCAUCGAGAUCAUUUUUUAAUCUAGCCAUCAUUAUCUUCAAAGUUUUCCCUAGUUCUAAAGAGAAGUCCGUCCAAUUAGAAGGCUUGAUGCUCUGUAAAUAGUCAUGCCCAUAACUUUCAGGGUAACGACCUGACUUUGCUUGUUUCAGCCUCUUCAUAUUCACUGCGACGAAGGAGUAUUAAGCCCUCAUGGGAAUUGUGGAGGGAAUAAAGUAGUGGGGAUUGAUUUGGGGAUGUGGGGGGGCUUCAUUUUAUUUUUGUGAUUUUAAUACAUUAAACAUAAGCAUAUGCUAUUUUUUUCCCAGCCAUCUAAAAAAAAGUUUUUAACUAUUAUUGAAUGAGGCACCCUGAUUGAUUAAUUCAUUACUUUCACUAGAUGGCCAAAAGAAAAUUACAGUUUAAAAGUAAUUUUGACUUUAAAAAAAUCCUUUAUUAGUAGUAUUAUGAUACAAUGCUCACAAAUUCCAAUUGUUCACAUAACUCAUAAAAUGAUCUCAUCAGAUUACAAAUUUUGCUUAAAAAUACACUUUUAAGUCAUCACAGUUUAACAUGACAAUCUUAUUUAUGUAACAUUACUUUUACAAUAGAAGAAGACUUUUUGUUGUAGUCUUACUACUUUAUUUUCAUAAUUUUAUCAUAUGUUUUUCUUUUUACGAGUGGCCUUAGUACUCCUUCAGCCGCUGGAAUGUAGCACUUCCGUGCUCAUUGGAUAGUAGACACUACUUUGAGUAGGCCACAUAUGUAGUGUAUGAAACAUAGUCUUGACUGCAUUUUAAAUACGACACUGGAAUCUUACUGCAAACACGCCCUUUUCGAUCUGCGGUAGGUUUAGCAGAUAAUUUUGUUGAUAUCAUUAUCUGAAAAAAUGCAGGCAUGGAACGACACUGGAAUCUUACUGCAAACACGCCCUUUUCGAUCUGCGGUAGGUUUAGCAGAUAAUUUUGUUGAUAUCAGUAUCUGAAAAAAUGCAGGCAUGGAAAGACACCCAUGUCUGCCUUUAAACAGUCCAGUUUUGUAAAUGUUCAGAGAGCCGCACAUGGUGACCUUUAUUGAUGCAAGUCUUCCACUGGAACCUUUAAUAUUUCAUUUUAUUUUCAAUUGAAAAAGAAAAGUGGUAGCUGACUAAGACUAAAAAUGCUCUAAUGCUUUGUUACUGUCCUUAAUGUACAAAUGAGCCUAUAACCUGCUUGAAGUACUAUUCAGUCAAAGAAUUUAAGGAACUUUGUACCAAAGCGCAAAACAGUUUGAACAGCUACAUAAUCGGAAAAAAAAAGUGCCAUGAACAUGAAGAGAAAAGGAGUUGGCAGCAAAUCGGAAUUGAUUGAUUACACGGUAGCGUUCGGAGUUCUUCCUGUGAUGUUGUCCCAAACCCUGUCAGCCUCAAGCAACCCAUCACAAGUAUUACCGCUAGUGAGCAAUUAGCGCUUCCCACCCAGCCCGACUCUCAAGAAAUCGAAGCUUGGUUCCUCGACUUGAGCCUUGUGCCUCAGCCAACGGGCCUUACACAAUCACAAUGUCUGUGUAGCAGAAACGUCACCCUACAAAUUUGAAGUCUGCCACUGUCUUUGCUCACUUGAUCAUUAAGGGCCGAGAAGUCUUUUCUUCACCCGGACCACCGGCUGCUGACGGGGCGGGAUCGUACUCGUGCACAGUCUAGAGGGCUGCGUACUUCUUCUGCUGCUAGCCGCCAGCUCUCAGUCACGCAUCUCUUGUAAUAAUACAUCUUGCAAUGUCUGUGAAAACAAUACUUGAUGCGACAUGAAUGCAGGGUUAAAGGUCAUUUGUGCCUUUUAUUGCACAGACUACUCAUUCUUAAAUGAGUGUAAAUGUGUGCAAAACAUUUUUUUUGUCGUUAUGAAAAUAUGCAUGUGACUAAGCCAUGUACAAAUGGGUUUCAGUGUGUAUAAUGUAAAUAAAUAUUUAAUGACAAAUACAAUGUUCGCUGAGCAGAAUAAAUAA